GCGGCCCCCCUCUGUCUGCUCCAGCAGCAUGAGCUGCCGGCCCGAGCUGUGCCUGGGUUACGUCUGCCAGCCCAUGACGUACGUGCCUUCUGUCUGCACUCCCACCACCUACCGGCCAGCCAGCUGCCUCUCCAAGACCUACCUAUCCAGCUCCUGCUGGCCCAGCAGCUGCCGGCCAGCCAGUGGUAUCGCCAGUUCCGUGGGCACCUGCAGCUGGUACUGUGAAGGGACCUUCAAUGGCAACGAGAAGGAGACCAUGCAGUUCCUGAACGACCGCCUGGCCAGCUACCUGGAGAAGGUGCGCCAGCUGGAGCGGGAGAAUGCGGAGCUGGAGACCAGGAUCCGAGAGGCCUGCCAGUCUCAAGUGCCCACCCUGUGUCCUGACUACCAGUCUUAUUUCAGGACCAUCGAGGAGCUCCAGCAGAAGGUUCUGUGCACCAAGGCAGAGAACGCCAGGAUGGUCGUGCACAUUGAUAACGCCAAGCUGGCCGCCGAUGACUUUAGGACCAAGUACGAGACGGAACUGGCCAUGCGGCAGCUGGUGGAGGCCGACACCAACGGCCUGCGCAGGAUCCUGGACGAGCUGACCCUGUGCAAGGCCGACCUGGAGGCCCAGGUGGAGUCCCUGAAGGAGGAGCUGCUGUGCCUCAAGAAGAACCACGAGGAGGAAGUCAGUGCCCUCCGGUGCCAGCUGGGGGACCGCCUUAAUAUCGAGGUCGACGCUGCACCGCCUGUGGACCUGAACAGGAUGCUGGAGGAGAUGCGGUGUCAGUAUGAGACUGUGGUGGAGACCAACCUCAGGGACGUGGAGGAAUGGUUCAACAUGCAGAUGGAGGAGCUCAACCAGCAGGUGGCCACGAGCUCCGAGCAGCUUCAGAGCUACCAGUCGGACAUCAUCGAUCUGAGACGAACGGUCAACACGCUGGAGAUCGAGCUGCAGGCCCAGCACAGCCUGAGGGACUCUCUCGAAAACACCCUGGCGGAGACCGAGGCGCGCUACAGCUCCCAGCUGGCCCAGAUGCAGUGCCUGAUCAGCAACGUGGAGGCCCAGCUGGCCGACAUCCGGGCUGACCUGGAGCGGCAGAACCAGGAGUACCAGGUGCUGCUGGACGUGCGGGCCCGGCUGGAGGGUGAGAUCAACACGUACCGGGGCCUGCUGGAGAGCGAGGACUGCAAGUUGCCCUGUAACCCGUGCUCCACUCCCUCCUGUCCCCCUUGUGCACCUUCCCCCAGCGUGCCCCGCACCAUCUGUGUGCCCCGCACCGUCUGUGUGCCUUGCGUGCCCUGUCCUCAGGUCCGCUACUGAAAGUCCCUCAGGGUCGGUGGAUCCUGGACAGACCGGAGCUGGGAGGCUGGAGCCUCCUCAGGUGGAGUCUGACCCCCAUUCAGUGGUCAGCAAGGAAGCCCUCCAGCUGGGAGGUGGGCUGUGUGCUACACGCUCGGAUCUGCAGGGGGCGCCCCGGGCCCCCACGUCUUGGAAAACUGCCUCUCACUUCCACAGCCAGACUGUUCUCUUGGCU